AUGUGGUGCCUGGAGAAACUCAGCAAGGCUUCAGAGCCAAUCGUGUUGGGAAAAGAAGAAGUUUGCUUCUGGAAUAGAGCCAGGAAGGCAACUGCUGCUUCUCCCAACAUCUUAACCCCAGACAGGAUUCCAGAAUUCUGCAUCCCAUCCAGAUUGAUUAGCUCCCAUUCUGCAAGGGAUCCCAGCUCUCGCAUCCAGUCCUAUGCAGAUACCAACCUGUACCCUCAUUGUGAACCUGUUCACAACCCCAGCAUACAGUGGCCACAUAUCCCCUCAACUGAAAUUGCUAAUAACUUCAUUUCAGUGGAAGAAAGCACCAACUCAGACCCACAGUCACAGGCAGCACUUUCCCUGCUCCAUUUCCCCAAGGUGCAGACCUCCUAUGGAUUCUGCACUUUGCUGGAGAGUCCCCAUACUCGAAGAAAAGAGAGUAUUUUCCACAGUGACCCAUGCAGCUGUUCUAUGUCCUGUCUACAGUUGCUUCCAAGUUCCAGAAUCUGCUACAAAGGAGUAGAUUCCAGCAUCAUCAGCUCUACCACCACCAGACUCCCUUCUAGGCAUCCACACCUGCCAAGACAAGACACUUAUGACUAUGAUACUGCUUCCUCCACUGACUCUUCCCCUUUCACCUCCUCACUUCUCAAAAGGUUUCUUCCCAGAUCCUACUCUUUAUUUACAAUCCAGAGCCGAGAGGGACUGCUCUGCAGGGCUUUAAAGGCAGAAAAUAAAUCCAGCAUGCUAAGGGAGAACUCCUUAUCCACAGAUGAAGACAGCUCCACAGACAACAGCCCCAAUCCCAAUAGGCGGUCUUUGGCAAGUUUAUGCGAGUGCUCAAGCACACAAAGCUCUUCUGGGUCACAGUCACCCAUCUUUCCCCAGGAUUUUACUAAUGACAGAGAGAGACUUAGAAAUGUGCAUACAGUAUUUCUUGAUAGAAGAGGAAUCUUGAGACUGUCCUCUGACUACUGUCCUGAAAGCAGAAGGCUUAGAUUCUGUCUGAUAAGCGCUGAAGGCUUAUAUGAUGUAUUUAUGGAACCUAAAAGGAUUAACUGUUGCAUCACACUCUCUCAUGUGCCAGGGAAAGUUCAGAAACAAAGAAGCACUGUUAUAAAGAGAAGCAGAAAUCCCAUCUUUAAUGGGGACUUCAUCUUUGAUGGUAUUUCUAAGGAUGAUCUUCACAGACGAUCAAUCAAGAUAAAAGCUGUGAAUAAAGCAUCUACUAUGAAAAGAGAUUAUAUUUUAGGUAAAAUUGAAUUUUGCUUAUUGAGUAUGGUGCCUAUCUGAGGGGCACAGGAAAGCAAUAUAAGUCUAGUCUAUUUUGAGCUAGGUA